CUGAACAGGUGUCUCACCUGGCAUGGCUGAGGAAAAUGCGCCCCCUGGUGGAGGGGGCAUCAUGCCCGCUGUGCCCAUCAGGGGCAUCAAGAUGAAGUUCGCCGUGCUGGAGGGACUCAUCAACGCAGGAGAGGUCGCACACCGAGACAUUGUGGAGACCAUCUUCAACCUGCUGGUUGGUGGUCAGUUUGACCUGGAGAUGAACUUUAUCAUCCAGGAGAAGGAUAGCAUCGUGUGUAUGGUGGAUCUGUUGGACAAAUGCGACGUGACGUGUCAGGCCGAGGUGUGGAGCAUGUUCACGGCCGUGCUCAAGAAGAGCGUCAGGAACCUGCAGGCCUGCACACAGGUCGGCCUCAUCACGCUUGUCCUCCAGAGGAUUGACAAAACUGACAGCAUGAUUGCAGAUCUGAUGGUGGACAUGCUGGGUGUGUUGGCAAGUUACAGCAUUACAGUGAAGGAGCUGAAGCUGUACUUCAGCAAACUGCAAGGAGAGAAAGGACAAUGGCCUCCUCAUGCUGUCAAGUUGCUGUCGGUGUUGAAUUCCAUGGCUCAUCGUUCCGGCCCCGAUGCCUUCUUCACUUUCCCUGGAAAGAGUUCAGCGGCCAUUGCACUGCCACCAAUAGCAAGAUGGCCUUACCAGAACGGCUUUACCUUCCACACUUGGCUACGUUUGGAUCCUCUCAACAACAUGAACGUUGAUAAAGACAAACCCUAUCUGUACUGUUUUCGGACGAGUAAAGGUUUGGGAUAUUCAGCCCAUUUUGUUGGUGGGUGUUUGAUUAUUACAUCGUUAAAAGCCAAAGGGAAAGGAUUCCAGCACUGUGUCAAGUUUGACUUCAAACCACAAAAGUGGUACAUGGUGACCCUGGUGCACAUCUACCAUCGCUGGAAGAACAGUGAAAUUAGCUGCUAUGUGAAUGGAGAACUAGCAUCCUUCGGUGAACUCACUUGGUUUGUCAACACGAGUGACACGUUUGAUAAGUGUUUCCUGGGCUCGGCGGAGACAACGGAUGCUAACAGGGUGUUUUGUGGACAGAUGGGCACAGUGUAUCUGUUCAACGACUCUCUCAACGCAGCACAAGUCUUCGCCAUCUAUCAGCUGGGACCCUCCUAUAAGGGUGUGUUUAAGUAUAAAGCAGAGAGUGACCUGCUGUUUGCAGAGCAUCACAAAGUUCUGCUGUACGAUGGCAAACUGAGCAGCAGCAUCGCUUUCACCUACAACCCUCGAGCUAUAGAUGCUCAGCUGUGUCUGGAGUCUUCUCCCAAAGAGAACCCCUCCAUAUUCAUCCACUCACCUCAUGCACUGAUGCUGCAGGAUGUGAAGGCCGUGGUCACUCACUCAGUUCAGAGUGCCGUUCACUCCAUCGGAGGGGUGCAGGUUCUCUUUCCACUUUUCACUCAGCUCGACUUUCUACAGUCAAACAGUGAAGAGCCUGAUACCUCAGUUUGCUGCACUCUGCUUUCAUUCCUGUUGGAGUUGUUGAAGUCAUCAGUUGCAAUGCAGGAGCAAAUUUUCACCUGCAAGGGCUUCCUCGUCAUUGGCUACUGUCUGGAGAAGGCUUCCAAAGUCCACGUAACAAGGCCUGUGCUGGACAUUCUUCUCUCAUUUGCUCGUUAUUUGAGUAACCUGCCCAGCGGCAUCCUGCUGCUCAAACAGCUGUGUGAUCACAUUCUGUUUAACCCUGCCAUCUGGAUACACACACCUGCCAAGGUGCAGCUGGCCUUGUACACAUAUUUGGCCACUGAGUUCAUCAGCACAGUGACGAUCUACAAUGCCGUGCGCAGAGUCGGGACGGUGCUGCAGGUCAUGCACUCGCUCAAAUAUUACUUCUGGGUGGUCAAUCCACAAGACCGCAGUGGAGUGACGCCUAAAGGUCUUGAUGGUCCAAGACCCACACAGAAAGAGAUCCACUCGCUCAGAGCUUUUCUGCUGCUGUUCGUCAAACAGCUCAUCAUGAAGGACCAUGGGGUGAAAGAGGAUGAACUGCAGAGCAUUUUAAACUACCUGCUCACCAUGCACGAGGAUGAUAAUCUAAUAGACGUCCUUCAGCUGCUCGUGGCUUUGAUGUCUGAACAUCCGGGUUCAAUGGUGAACGCAUUUGAUCAGCGUAACGGCAUCCGUGUGAUUUAUAAACUACUGGCAUCAAAGAGCGAAGGGAUUCGAGUGCAGGCACUAAAGGUGUUGGGCUACUUUCUUCGGCAUUUAUCACCAAAGAGAAAGACAGAGCUUAUGCUGAGUCAUGGGCUUUUCUCUCUUCUAACUGAACGCCUCAUGCUGCACUCCAGUCAGUUCUCAAUGACCACCUACAACGUCCUGUUCGAGGUUCUGACAGAGCAGAUCUGCACACAGGUGAUUCACAAGCAGCAUCCUGAGCCCGACUCCACAAUCAAGAUCCAAAAUCCACAGAUCCUGAAGGUAAUCGCUGCUUUAUUAAAGAACAGCGGGUCUCCUGACAGCAUGGAGGUGCGAAGAGUGUUUCUGUCCGACAUGAUCAAGCUGUUCAACAACAGCAGAGAGAACAGAAGGAGCUUGCUGCAGUGCUCGGUGUGGCAGGAGUGGAUGUUGUCAUUGUGCUUCAUAAACCCCAGCACCAGUGAGGAGAUCAAGAUCACCGAGAUGGUCUACACCGUCUUCCGCAUCCUCCUCUACCACGCCAUCAAGCAUGAGUGGGGUGGCUGGCGCGUAUGGGUCGACACGCUCUCCAUCACGCAUUCCAAGGUCACCUUCGAGCAGCACAAAGAAAACCUAUCCCAAGUUUUUCGUGAAUACCAGCAGAUGGGUUCGGAUGGCGAGGCCGAAAUCAGGACCAUAUCUGGGUCGAGCAGAAACAGUGAACUUCCAUUAGAACCUGCACAUCUACCUAUAGAACCUCCGUCCACAAUUAUUGAGUUAAAAGUGGAGGAACAAAGCUCUGGAGAACGCCCAGAACAAGAAAGAACACAAGUCUCCAUUUCUAACAUAUUAGCUCGAGCUGAAGAAGAGGAGGAAAAAGAGGAAAAGAAGAAAAGGAAAAUGGAUCAAAAAACGGAUGAAGCUGAAACCUUGAAUCAGACACAAAAGAAUGAAACUGAGCCAGCACCAAAGUCUGAGAAGAACGAGGUUGGUGACCAAAAGUUGGUGCCUAAAGCUGAAGCGAAUGAAGCAGACGAGGCAAAGGAUACAGCAAAUGCUUUCCAGAAUGUUCAAACCGAUGAUGUGGCUGUUGAGAAAAGCAGGGAGGGAAAUGAAGCAGUUGAUGAGGUCAAGACUGCAGACACCUGUAGUGAAAAAGAAGAGGCCAAACUGAAAGCUGAUUCUGAGAAAUACUUAGGAGAUAAAACCAAGGAUGCCGGUGAAGCUGAAACAAAAGCUGAAGACAACAAAGAAGGUAAAAACCCCUCUGAAAAGCAGAUUCCUAGCAUGGAGGAAAAAGAGAAGAGUCCCAACAAGGAAACAAGUCCCCCUGCAGAGGAGAGUCCCAGCAAGGAAACAAGCCCCACUGCAGAAAAGAGUCCCAGCAAGGAAACAAGCACCAGUGCAGAAAAGAGUCCCAGCAAGGAAACAAGCCCCAGUGCAGAGAAGAGUCCCAGCAAGGAGACAAGUCCCCCUGCAGAGAAGAGUCCAAGCAAGGAAACAAGUCACCCUGCAGAGGAGAGUCCCAGCAAAGAGGAGAGCCCCACUGCAGAGAAGAGUCCCAGCAAGGAAGCGAGCCCCUCUGCAGAGAAGAGUCCAAGCAAGGAAACAAGCCCCAGUACAGAGAAGAGUCCAAGCAAGGAAACAAGCCCCAGUACAGUGAAGAGUCCAAGCAAGGAAACAAGCCCCAGUACAGAGAAGAGUCCAAGCAAGGAGACAAGCCCCAGUACAGAGAAGAGUCCAAGCAAGGAGACAAGCCCCAGUACAGAGAAGAGUCCAAGCAAGCAAGCAAGCUCCACUGCAGAGAAGAGUCCCAGCAAGGAGACAAGCCCCCCUGCAGAGAAGAGUCCAAGCAAGGAAGCAAGCUCCACUGCAGAGAAGAGUCCCAGCAAGGAAGCGAGCCCCUCUGCAGAGAAGAGUCCAAGCAAGGAAGCGAUCCCCUCUGCAGAGAAGAGUCCAAGCAAGGAGACAAGCCCCAGUACAGAGAAGAGUCCAAGCAAGGAAGCAAGCUCCACUGCAGAGAAGAGUCCCAGCAAGGAGACAAGCUCCCCUGCAGAGAAGAGUCCCAGCAAGGAGACAAGCCCCCCUGCAGAGAAGAGUCCAAGCAAGGAAGCGAGCCCCUCUGCAGAGAAGAGUCCAAGCAAGGAAGCAAGCUCCACUGCAGAGAAGAGUCCAAGCAUGGAAGCGAGCCCCUCUGCAGAGAAGAGUCCAAGCAAGGAAGCGAGCCCCUCUGCAGAGAAGAGUCCAAGCAUGGAAGCGAGCCCCUCUGCAGAGAAGAGUCCAAGCAAGGAAGCAAGCCCCAGUACAGAGAAGAGUCCAAGCAAGGAAGCAAGCUCCACUGCAGAGAAGAGUCCCAGCAAGGAGACAAGCCCCCCUGCAGAGAAGAGUCCCAGCAAGGAGACAAGCCCCCCUGCAGAGAAGAGUCCCAGCAAGGAGACAAGCCCCACUGCAGAGAAGAGUCCCAGUAAGGAAACGAGUCCCAGUACAGGAAAGGAUAAAAGCCCUUCUACAGAUGCUAGCUCUAGUGUGGUGGCAAACACCAGCGUGCAGAAGAGCCUCAAUGCUGAGGCAGGCACCAAGACCAAAGACAUUAAAAUUGCCAGGCUGGAUGUGGCCAGUGUGGCCGUGGAUACAGAACGACUGGAGCUAAAGGAGAACCCAGCUGCCGGUGGAGGUCAAGUCCAAGCCACGGCGGGACCUUCUAACCAGAACAGGGACGCGUCCUCCACUCGUGCCAGCAUGUUCCGUAUUCCCGAAUUCAAGUGGUCCUACAUGCACCAGCGCCUGCUGACUGACCUGCUCUUUGCCAUAGAGACAGACGUGCAGAUGUGGAGGAGCCACUCCACAAAGACAGUGAUGGACUUCGUGAACAGCAGUGAGAACGUCGUGUUUGUGCACAACACCGUGCAUCUGAUCUCUCAGGUGGUGGAUAAUCUGAUCAUGGCGGCUGGAGGAAUUCUGCCUCUGCUCUCUGCUGCCACUUCAACCACACAUGAGUUAGAGGUGAUAGACGCGUCUCAGGGUUUGGAAGUCGACGCCUCCCUGUCAUUCCUGCACCGGCUCGUUUCUCUCAUGGACAUUCUGAUCUUGUCGAGCUCGCUCCACUUUACCGAGAUCGAGGCUGAGAAGAACAUGUCGUCUGGAGGAGUGUUGAGACAGUGUUUACGCCUCGUGUUUGGUAUGGCCGUGAGGAAUUGCUUAGAGUGUCAGCAACAGGUUCUACAAAAGGCUGGUUUAGAGAAGACUCAGCACAGCAUGAUGGGAAAUGCCAAGUUAAUUCCGGCGCAGAGUCCAGUUGACAUGGUAACAGGAGGGGUGUCCCCUAUCCAAGAUUUGGAGCGUCUGCUGCAGGACAUGGACAUCAACCGUCUUCGUGCCAUCGUCUUUAGAGACAUCGAGGACAGUAAGCAGGCUCAGUUUUUGGCCCUGGCUGUUGUUUACUUCAUCUCUGUGCUCAUGGUGUCUAAAUACCGAGACAUCCUGGAGCCGCACAACAACAGGGAAGUCGGCACACACUCGGCCCGCCGCACAGAGAGUAUCGCUUCUGACCUGGACAACUCGGUCUCCUCUGUCCGCCGUGACUCCGCCCUCGGAGACGACCAGGCAUCGUCCGUCGCUGCCAGCGACGCCGAAUCCCGCUCAGCCCCAGAUGCCAUUUCUGAAGCUUUGUCAACUUUGUCCUCUGAGGUCAAAGGCCAAGAGGUGACAGACAAGGACAAGAAAGGGAAAAGCGUGAAGGACAUCCUGAGGAGCCUAGUAAGCACAGCGCCCUCGGAUGAUGUUAUGGUGGACGCCAAUAUUUUACCGCCAGCGUUUCUGGGGAAGCAAGAGCUGUCUGCUCACUACAGCUCAUUCGAUAGGAGUGUUGUUGUGGCACCCAAGCAAGUAGGUGGGGCUACUUCAACAGGCUCUGCCUCAUCCUCCUCCACUGGGAUCCCACAAUCCACCAUUGCGACUGUGGGUGGAACACCAGUUGACAGCAUUUCCAUGGUUUCUGCAGGUGACACUGUCCAAAGCCCUACUUCAGAUUUAGGAGGAGCAGCGGUCAGUUUAAAUCUGCCAUCUGUUCCCCCUUCACCAACAACCACCAUGAGUAUCUCAGAGCGGUUGGAGCAUGCGUUGGAGAAAGCUGCUCCUUUACUCCGGGAGAUUUUUGUGGAUUUCGCUCCAUUCCUGUCUCGAACUUUACUUGGAAGCCACGGACAAGAGCUACUCAUAGAGGGAACAAGUUUGGCGUGUAUGAAGUCCAGCAGUUCUGUGGUGGAGCUUGUCAUGCUGCUGUGUUCUCAGGAAUGGCAGAACUCCAUCCAAAAGAAUGCUGGCUUAGCCUUUAUCGAGCUCGUCAAUGAGGGCAGGCUCUUGAGUCACACCAUGAAGGAUCACCUUGUCCGCGUGGCAAACGAAGCCGAGUUCAUUCUGAGCCGACAGAGAGCCGAAGACAUACACAAGCACGCUGAGUUUGAGUCACAUUGUGCUCAGUACGCUGCGGAGAAGCGCGAUGAGGAGAAGAUGUGCGAUCACCUGAUCAGAGCUGCCAAAUACCGGGACCACGUUACCUCCACACAGCUGAUCCAAAAGAUCAUCAACAUCCUGACCGACAGACAUGGAGCCUGGAGCAGCUCCACCCACAGUAAACAAUGUUUUUGGCGCUUGGACUUUUGGGAGGAUGAUCUGAGAAGGCGUCGCCGUUUCGUCAGGAACCCGUUGGGGUCGACACACUCGGGGGCCACGCUCAGAUCUGCGGCCGAACGUGUUCCAGAGGAAGAUGUUUUGAAGGAGCAGCCGCUGGGAAAGCAGACGGUGCGAAAUCAGAGCAUCGAGAACGAGAGUCUGGAAGAAGACGACGAUACCCUCUCAUCUCUGGAGGAUAAAGAGCUGGAUAACCUUAGUGUUUCUCUAAGUACGGCAGCUGAGCUGGUAUCUCCUGCACUUGUUGUAAAAGGGACUCUGUCCAUCACAGCUAACGAGCUUUACUUCGAGGUCGAUGAAGAUGAGCCAAGCUUUAAGAGCAUCGACCCAAAGUUGUUGGCCUAUGUGGAUGGACUGCACGGGAAAUGGAUGUUCUCGGAGAUCCGAGCUAUCUUCUCCAGGCGGUACCUCCUGCAGAACACAGCGCUGGAGAUGUUCAUGGCCAAUCGCACCUCAGCGAUGUUUAAUUUUGCCGAUGCCGCUGUGGUGAAGAAAGUGGUCCAUGCGCUCCCCAGAGUAGGAGUCGGCACUAACUUCGGCCUCCCUCAGACCAGGCGGAUUUCUCUAGCAACUCCAAAACAGCUCUUUAAAGCCUCCAACAUGACCCAGCGCUGGCAGAAACGAGAAAUCUCCAACUUUGAGUACCUCAUGUUCCUCAACACUAUUGCAGGUCGAACGUUCAACGACCUGAAUCAGUAUCCCGUCUUCCCCUGGAUCCUCACCAACUACGACAGUGAAGAGCUGGACCUCACAUUGCCCAGCAACUACAGAGACCUAAGCAAGCCUAUCGGAUCCCUGAACCCGAAGAGAGCUGCUUUUUUCUCCGAACGCUUUGAAUCCUGGGAAGACGAGCAGGUUCCGAAAUUCCACUACGGGACGCACUACUCCACCGCCAGCUUCACGAUGAUGUGGCUGCUGAGGAUCGAGCCGUUCACUACGUUCUUCCUAAACUUCCAAGGAGGGAAAUUUGAUCACGCAGACCGAACCUUCUCUUCUGUCGCCAGAGCCUGGAGAAACUGUCAGAGAGACACGUCUGAUGUGAAGGAGCUGAUUCCUGAGUUCUUCUACCUGCCAGAAAUGUUCAGUAACUCUAAUGGCUACAAUCUGGGAGUGAUGGAUGAUGGGACAGUGGUGUGUGAUGUUGAGUUGCCACCGUGGGCCAAAAGUCCGGAGGAGUUCGUCCGCAUAAACCGAAUGGCUCUGGAGAGUGAAUUUGUUUCUUGUCAGCUGCACCAGUGGGUGGAUCUCAUCUUCGGCUACAAGCAGCAGGGACCUGAAGCAGCACGAGCCCUCAACGUCUUCUACUACCUUACCUAUGAGGGAGCGGUCAACCUCAGCUCUGUUAAUGAUCCUGUACUCAGAGAGGCUGUGGAGUCUCAGAUCCGGAGUUUUGGUCAGACUCCAUCUCAGCUGCUGAUUGAGCCACAUCAACCACGAAGCUCCACCAUGCAGGUGUCCCCGCUGAUGUUUACGGAGCAGAUGCAGCAGGAUGUAAUCAUGGUGCUGAAGUUCCCUUCCAACUCUCCAGUGGUCUAUGCUUCUGCGCACACUCAGCCUGGCCUGUCCAACCCUGCCAUAGUCACCGUCACAGCUAACCGCAUCUUCUCCAUCAACAAGUGGCAUGGCCUUACUGGUCACCAGAGCGCUUCGUCUCCGGAGCAGCAGUACCAGUUACCGGUGGAGAUCGAUCCCGUCAUAGUAAGUAACCUCAUGCACCGCAGACAGGUUUGUGAUCUCUUGGAUCAGAGCGUGGAGGUGAGCUCGCAGUGCUUCCUGGUCUCCGCCGAUAAUCGCUUCCUGUUCAUCGCCGGCUUCUGGGACAAGAGCUUCCGCAUCUACAGCACUGACACUGGAAAGCUGGUCCAGAUCGUGUUCGGUCACCGUGAUGUUGUGACGUGUGUGUUCCGGUCUGAGUCGUACAUCGGUGGUGAUUGCUACGUACUAAGUGGUUCGAGAGACGCUACGCUGCUGCUGUGGUACUGGAGCGGGAAGCACAGCUGCAUUGGGGACUCACACAGCGAAUUUGUUACUCCUCGAGCAAUCCUGACAGGCCAUGAUUGUGAAGUUACAUGUGCAAGCGUGUGUGCAGAGCUUGGACUAGUGAUCAGUGGCUCCAAAGACGGGCCGUGUCUGCUGCACUCGGUGAGCGGUGAGCUGCUGCGUGUCUUUGAUUGCAGUGAUAGGCCGUCCCUGCUGCAGGCUAGUUCAGAGGGACACUGUGUCAUCUACUACAGCACAGGACACGUGUGUGUCUUCAGCAUCAACGGCAAAUUACUGUGUGAGGCACAAAUGGAGGACAACAUCAGGGCAAUGUUGUUGAGUAAGGAUGGUCAGUACCUGCUGUGUGGAGGAGAUAGAGGCGUUCUCUCCAUGUGGCAGGUCCACAAUCUUAAACAACUCUUCACGUAUCCAGGCUGUGACGCUUCUAUCCGCUCCAUGGCCAUGACCCAUGACCAAAGAUGUAUCAUCACAGGCAUGGCAUCUGGCAGCAUCGUUCUCUUCUAUAACGAUUUUAACAGAUGGCAUCAUGAGUACCAAACCAGGUACUGAUUCCUGUUAACACGGUCACCACGAUGAACCAGUGACAGUGGCAACCAAACAAUUUUGCCAUGGCCCAGCUAAACAGUCCUAAACACUGAAUGUAAUGAGAAUAGCGUAGUUAUUUUUAUUGAACAGAGUUAGUACGUUUUGUAGAUCUUCCAGAAUUUCUGAUGAAAUAUAAGAAAUCUAUUUUUAGCUGUGAGCUCUAUUUUCAUCUAGAUGCUAUUUAGAACUCGUAUAUCCAGAGUCUUUAUUAGGAAUGUGUUCAUAAUCAGAUUAGUUAAUGAUCUAAUCAGUCACAUGAAUUUGUAUCACUGUACUUCAUGAAUACAUGGAAGCUUUCAGUUCAACUUCAUCAAGCUACCUUACAAAUUGCACAGACUUUGUCUUUGCCCUAUUUAGGCAGCCUAGUUGGAGGGGUGUGUGGAGGGUAUGGAGUGUAAGGUGGGGUGUAAUUAUGGCACAUUCCUAACUGAGUCUAUAUAAUGUGUGUACUUCUGGGUGAAUGGCUUGUUUCCUCUUUUCUUUAAUGUUGUGACUGUUUCCUUCAGCAAAUGCAACUCUGAUGUUUUCGAGAAUUAAAAGUUCAGCCAUAAAAUUAAAUAAAACAAUAUAAAUCAACAAGUCUAAACUGGAGGCUAACUUUUUCAGUUAAGCUAGGCUUGUAUUUUUAAAGCAGAAGUGAAUAGGUGGACUUCUGAUACCAAACUUGGGUUGGCUGAUUAAUGUGUCCCUUUUACCUUAACAAAAUUCAAACUAGCCACCACUAGUUCCUUUAACCAGCUGUUUAAAUAUAUAAUAUCAUUGCAGGUUCACAUAUACUCGCAGAUACCACUUUAUCACAACAGAUGUUUAAAUAUAACGGUUUCAGUGUCCACAUGUAUUGUGUCCACAUUUAAUAAAUAAAGGGCUAAAUUAAUUCUAAGAAAAUCAGAAUGAUUAUAUUCUAGUUUUUUUUUUUGUGUGUUUGGGGUAAUUAAGUGAUUUUACUAUCCUUCUGUUUUAUUUAAAUCGAAAUCAAACUCCUUAUCUGUUAUUCGUCCAGAUGUUUUCCGUUGUCUGUGCAUAUUUUAGAGGCCGAGAUUGAAAGAAGUCUCUGCCACCUGUGUUAGCUCUAGUAAUGAUGUUUUUUAACUGAUUCAGAUUAAUACUUGCAAUUUGAAAGAAAUCUGACAUCAACAUGUUUAUUGCAGAAAGUGUGAAGACAUAACUAGGUUUUCAGAUCGUGAUCACGACCUAUUUUGUAAAAACGGUUUAUGAAAUGACUGUAUCUAAAUAUAGAACACACAGCCUGGUUCCAAAAGCAACACAAGGAGAGUGAUGUCUAUAUUAGCAAUAUUGUGUUAAAAUCAAAACAUAUCAUGCAACUGAUUAUCUGCACGUCUAACGGUGGCAACAAUGACAACGUUUCUUUUUUUUUUCUUUCUGGUUUGGUUGUUUUUAUGUGUUUUGAUGGAAAUCAGAGUGGAAAUGUGUGUUCUUAAUAAUAAAAUGGAGUUUUAUACCAAAAA